AUAAAAUAAGCAGCCGUUUAACUCUUCCGCUCCCAUAUGGCCGUAGUCCCUAAUCACGUCCAGAAAUCCAAUCUCCCAAGCCGCCAAGUCCAAAAAUACAUGGCCCAAAUUCUGAAAUCCCAACUCCAGUGCAACGAAUCGUAAGGCGCAGAGCGGCAUAUGAGCAUAUCGCUGCAAAAUUCCCAACUCUCACUCACGCAAGUCACGCCGGUGACUGAUUUCUGGUCUGCCCUCGGACGGUCGUCUCACGGCGGCGGAGCAAAAGCACCUUUUAGUCCCUAGCCGAGCAGCGGCUUAUCACUCUCGAGUCUCGACUGCUCUGCCGCUCUGCGGCCAUUUCUGCUCUUUGCCGCUAGAUCUGCUCCUGGUCUUCUCUCAUCAUCACCAUCACUCACUAUAGGUGACUUACAUGAUCCCAUUGAAGAACAGUGUACAGGAUUUUGUCUUCAGCAUUGAUUCUUCUCGCUCAUAGACUUCAAUGAUAGGCUUCUUGUUUAUGUAGAAAAAGAUAUGACAAAAGUAUCAAUGACUACUGAAGGUGCAUCAAAGAAAACUUCAACAGUUCAAUUGGUGAAACUUGAAAGAGGAUUCAAAUUGGCUGAACAAUGGGUUAAUAAUAUGUCCAAAUCAUUGGAGGAUGAUCAAUCAAAUGGAGCUAUUCUAGAGAGCCGACCUCCUAGGCUUGGAAUUGGGGCUACAGUUCCCCGUGAGUCCAAAUAUGUUUGUGCAAACGAUCCCAUUGAAAGAAAAUUGCGUGCUACGUUGAAUGCUAAAGAAAGAAAAUUUGACGCAAAGGCCAAUGAUGCAAGGGUUGAAGAAGAUGAAGAGGAUGAAGAAGAGGAACUUGAAAGCAAAACUAAGGCGUUUACCAAAAAGAGGCCAUCACUUCUUCCCUCAUCUCUUAAUCGUAUGAAGAAACGCAAGUAGAGAAGGGUGGGUACGACAUCUGUAUCAUAGGAUUCAUAGCCCAUGAAAUGUGUUUGAUCCUGCAACAGUAUUGUUUUUGUUCAGUCCAUCAAGCAUCUGAGGUUAUUUACGUGUAUAAUUGUAUUAACCCUUAAAACUCACUGGCGUGCUCUAACCAAUGAAGAAUCCCAUCUUUGAGGGCUGCAGUGCCCAACUUUUAACACUAAAGUUUUAAACAUAGGCACCUCUUUGAAAACUGUUUCUAUUUUUUCAUAUAAAAACUGAGUACUUUA